AUGAGACCUAAGCUAUCCGCAGAGGCACGUGCCCAGCGCCGUAAAAUACAAAAUCGUGUCUCUCAACAAAAAAGACGUGAACGUGAAAAGAAGUGCAAAACGCAGGCCCGGUCUCGUGGCACACAACCUGUUCCUACGGGGCGACGUACAACGCACGAUGAGUCAAAUCUAGUGGUGCCUGGACAUCAGUGCCAGGACAAAUUACCGCUCGCAGAUGAAAGCGACUACCUGGUACCAAUGCAAAGCCAUGAGAGCUUUGUUGCACAACUGUAUUCAAAUGAGUGGUUAAGCCACCCGCGGAGCCCAAUGAUGCCAGAAUACACAAGUCCUUUCGAGGAGGGCUACGCGCUGAUGCAUGGAGGGCCUGCUUGGGAAUGCAUGAAGUCGGCGGGUACGCAGAAGGAUGGGGGCACGCAAAGCAUGCAGGCAAUAUCCAAUGUUAACAGGGGUGCUUAG